GAUUAGCCCUCCCGGAUCUGGUCUCCCCACCGCCGGCACCAUGUUCUAAAGGGGAUUCGCUGGCGACCAUGAAAGGGUUAGGAGCCAACCGCAGCCGCCACCUGUCUGACUCCUGCGACCCGUCGGCCGGCCCCCAGGAGCCCCUGUACCCGCCCGCGCCCGACCCCCGCAGCCCGUACCUGCUCAGCCCCGGCAUCGACCCCUAUGGCACCAUGGACCCUCUUCACUUCCCCCCGCCCACCCCCAGCUCCCUGCCCCCCGACUGCAUGCUGCCCCUCAACAACCAGCUCUCCAACAGCAGCACCUUCCCCCGGAUCCACUACAACUCCCACUUCGACCCGCCCGACUUGUCCCCCGGCUCGGUGCCCGGCGGGGGCAGCAUUGGGGGCAUCGGCACGGGCACCACCCUGGGCCCCUCCAUGUCCAUGGGCAUGGGCAUGGGCCUGGGCCUGGGCAUGGGCAUGAGCGGAGGCCCGAUGAUCACCAGCGGCUCCGCCACCAUCUCGGCGGGCAGCCGGAUGAACCGGCUGCCCCCCAACCUGCUGGACCAGUUCGAGAAACAGCUGCCCAUCCACCGGGACGGCUUCAGCACGCUGCAGUUCCACCGCAGCGGCGCCGCCAAGCAGCGCAGCGAGAGCCCCGGCCGCAUCCGCUACCUGGUGCACUCCGUGCAGAAGCUCUUCGCCAAGUCCCAGUCGCUGGAGAGCUCCAGCAAGGGCAGCCUCAAUGGACGCUUCGCCAACAGCACGGGGGGCGGCGGUGGCGGCGGGGGCGGGGCGGAAGAUGCCAAGCAGAGCCGGCGCAGCAAGAGCAAAGACCGGGCCAAGACGGAGGGCAGCAAACGCAGGCCCCGCUCCAACAUGUCGGGCUUCUGGAGCUCCGAUGACAACCUGGACGGGGACUCCGGCAGCUACCGCAACCCCAUGGCCCUGAUGACCCUGGGCCGCCAGGGUCCCGAGGGCCAGGCCUCAUCCAAGUACUUCAUGCACGCCUACAACACCAUCAGCGAGCACACGCUCAAGGCCUCCAAGAGCAGCAACGACCUCAAGCUUCAGGCCUGUCCGUCUCUUCCAGGCCCUGGGGGUGGGGGUGGGGGAGGAGGGGGAGGGGGAGGAGGAGGAGGGUCUGGCGGGGACAACAAGUUUGUCAAGCGAGGCUCCUGGUCCACCCUCACCCUCAGCCAGGCCAGGCAAGUGUGCCAGAAGGGCUCGGCCACCAUCGACAAAGCGCUGCUCAAGUCCAAGUCCUGCCACCAGGACCUGUCCUGCCACUACCUGCAGAUCCCCCUGGGGGAGUGGAACAGCACGCUGUCCCGGGACAGAGGGGGGGGCUCCACCGAGAUCCCCUGCCGGCGGAUGCGCAGCGGCAGCUACAUCAAGGCCAUGGGCGACGAGGACAGCGAGGACUCGGAGGGCAGCCCCAAGCCCUCGCCCAAGACCGCCGCCCGCCGGCAGAGCUACCUGAAGGCCACGCAGCAGUCUCUGAGCGAGCAGCUGCCCCCACGCAAAUCCCGGGGCUGUUCGGUCCUGCAGGGGGACUUUGAGGGGCUGUGGUCUUCUCAGCAGAGCGUGGGCUCGCUGCUUCAGCUCAGCAGCUGUCUUCCCUCGCUCCGGGAGCUCUCCAGCAAUCGGAGUCUGGAUAACCUGGACUGUAUCGGGGCUCCCCCAAGCUCCCCCUUUCAGCGCUGGGAGGAUGAGGACUUCAGCCCGGACAGCAACACGCUGGGCAAGAACAGCUGCAGCAGUCAGGCACGGGAGCUGGAGGGCAGCCGUCAGUACGAGGAGACGAGUGAAUCGGUGUUCAGUGAGGCCGACUCCCAAGCAGUGGAGGCGUUGGACCUGCCCCUGCCCACCUGCUUUCGAUCGCGGAGCCACAGCUACCUGCGCGCCAUCCAGGCCGGCUGCUCGCAGGACGAGGACACUGCCUCUGUGGGCUCCGAGUCGCCCCCGCCCUCUGCCACCACCGUGCGCACCUACAGCAUCAGCACCACUUCUACAUGCAUAACCACCUGUAAGAAGACGCCCCCCCCAGUGCCCCCCCGCACCACCUCCAAGCCCUUCAUCUCGGUGACGGUGCAGAGCAGCACUGAGUCGGCCCAGGACAUCUACCUGGACGGCCAGGACCGCAAGAGCGAAGCCAACAGCCAGUCGGGGCUCAGCAACUCCUCGGACAGCCUCGACAGCACGCGGGCCAACAGCCUGGCCAAGGGCAGCCCGGCCCUGCCGCCCGUCGCCGCCCCCCGAGAUCCCCCGCCCUCCGGCACCCCCCCCGCGGAGCCCCAGCAUGACACCCUGAAGAGCAACAGGGGCACCCUGACCGCCGAGGAGGCCCGCCCUGAGCCCAUCCCCAAGAGGAAGCUCUCGUCCAUCGGCAUCCAGGUGGACUGCAUUCAGCCCGUGCAGAAGGAGGAGGUCCCGGUCCUGACCAGAUUCCAGUCGAUCGGAGUGCAGGUGGAAGACGGCUGGGAGCUGGGACGCUCCGGCAGCAUGGCCUCCAGACCGGCGGACGCCGACGCGCAGGACCCGGCCAACUCCAAGCCCUCUGACAAGACCGGGCCGGGCGGCGCCGACCCGGCGGGCGGGGCCCCGCGCCAGCUGUCCAACCGCACGGCCACGCGCAGCAGCAGCUCCUCCUUCUCGGAGAGCCUGGACCCCGCCCUGGACCCCUCCUCCCUGCCCCCGCCCGAGCCCUGGCUCGAGAACGCCGUCAACAGCGGCGCGCCCAGCGGCGCAGCCCCGCCCGGGGGGCCCGCCUGCCUCCGCGACGGCUACUGGUUCCUGAAGCUCCUGCAGGCCGAGACCGGUCGCAUGGAGGGCUGGUGUCGGCAGAUGGAGCAGGAGACCAAAGACAACCAGCUGUCUGAGGAAGUGCUGGGGAAGAUCCGCAGUGCGGUGGGCAGCGCCCAGCUCCUCAUGUCCCAGAAGUUCCAGCAGUUCCAGGGGCUCUGCGAGCAGAACCUGAAUGUCAACGCGAACCCACGACCCACAGCCCAGGACCUGGCCGGGUUCUGGGACCUGCUCCAGCUCUCCAUCGAGGACAUCAGCAUGAAGUUCGACGAGCUCUACCACCUGAAGACCAACGACUGGCAGCUGGCCGACGCCAUGGACAGGAAGGAGGAGAAGAAACAGCCGCCCCCGGUGCCAAAGAAGCCCUCCAAGCCCAAGGCCGCGUCUGGCCGGGACAAAGGCGACCCCUCCUCGGACAAGCAGCGGCAGGAGGCCCGCAAGAGGCUGAUGGCCGCCAAGCGGGCCGCCUCUGUGCGGCAGAACUCGGCCACCGAGAGCGCUGACAGCAUCGAGAUCUAUGUGCCCGAGGCCCAGACGCGUCUCUGAGGCGGCCGCGCGGGCGUCGCCCGGGGAACACGGGGGGGUAGGCGGGUCCCGGUGGCAGCAGAGACAGCGUCCGGAACAACGGGGAGAACAAAACGCAGAAACGCUCCGUUUCCACGGCUGCCAUGGGAAACCUCAACAGACUUUGAGAGGAGGAGGAGGAUUAUUAUUAUUACGAUUAAUAUUAUCUCCUAAACUAUAUCAAACUGUCUUAAUGUUAUAAUACCUUGGAUAAGAGAUCUUCUACCACUUGGACUGAUGCAUCAGUGCACCCCGACAUCCGCCUUUCUUUCUCUUUCACACAUCACUCCGGCACCCCAAACUUCACACUGCACCCCCCCUCCGCCCCCGACUGCACACACAUGACACUCCAGUCCCCCGACUUGACACACGCGCCCCGACGUCGCACACGCGUCACUCUGGCGCCCCAAACUUCACUCGCACACGCCCUCCACCCCCGACAGGCCUCGCACCCCGCGCGCUGCUCCGCGUCGCUCCUCGUCUUCCUCCUCCUUUGUUUUCAGCUGUGUGGCCGCCUGCCGGAGGCCAGGAUCAGGUUAUUCCUUAACCCUUGGGUGGGGGGAGUCGGUAACUCUGGGGGGGGCAGAGCUCUCCUCGGACGAAAGACCAGCGACGACGCAAGAGGGACGGACCCGAGGGCAGCUGGGGCCUCCUCGUCUCCGCCCCGCGGUUUCCCUUUCCAUCUCCCGCCCCUCGUGCUUCAUCCUCCGGCCUCUCUGUCCUCCCCCGGAUUUUUGGCCCAUCUUGACGUCGUUUCCUUUUCCUCUCUCCUCCUGAGCAAGCUGCCUCUUCCCUCGUCCAGCCUGGGCCUGUGGUUCCAGGGAAAUGGGUUUGGAUUUUGAU